AGGUGAAGUGGAAAGCUUUGUGCAAAAGCUUCUUGAUAAAAAAUCAAGAAAAAAGAAAAAGUAUGACGGGAUUUUAUCUUUUAGCAGACAGUUUGAGUUCAUAUACGUAGAGACGGCAACAACUUCCAUACUUUCAAAGUCGGAUAAAGAUUUAUCGAAGCUACACAAUGCUAUUAUCCUUAUGUUUAAACAUAUGGUAUCAACAUUACCGGAAAAAUUACUACACGAGAUUUCAUCCAUGCCCAUUCUUUGCGUGCAAUUCAGCGGAGCAAGUGUUGAAGUAUAUUUAGCAAUCUGGUUAGCAAACAUGCGACCGGUAGUUUUUUCAAUUAUGGACUUCGAGAUAGCGGAAGAGAUAACGACAUUUCCGAAAAUGACAAAGCCUUUCAUUCAAAAUCUACAUAAAAGAUACCAAACAUUGUUAACGAAAGAGGCCGACUAUUAUUUGGAUGAUGACAAUACCUGGACAUCACCAAUAAGGAUGAAAGCUCGUCAUUAA